AUGAAUUUUAACAGCAGCGACGGUCGUUGCAAUUGUUUGCGUGAUGGAUUUUCCAUCUCCAUUUCAUUCCAUCGAGUUUCAAGUUCAACUAUUACACCCGGAUUUAAUCAAACAGUCUCGCCUGGCGGUGUUUUUCCAACACUUCCCGUGACGCCAAGUAAUCAACAUAUAGAAAUAAGCACCACAACCAGACCUUGGUUACCACCAAAUCUUUCAAUACUGCCUACAACAGUCGCAAUACCUGAUCCUCCAUCUGCAUUUAACUCCAUUCGAGUUUCAAGAACAACUAAAUCUCAAACAUCAGGAAACACGGUUGCUAUACCUCUAUUCAAUGCAACAGUCUCGCCUGGGGACAUUUCUGCAACACAUCCCCCAACACCAAAUAGUCAACAUAUUGAAAUCAACACCACAACUCUGCCUACAACAGAUGUUGACGAAUGCACGAUUGGGAUUCACAACUGUGACGAUCGAGCAACGUGUAUAAACACCGCCGGGUCGUUCAAUUGUAUCUGCUAUCCAGGUUAUACAGGAGAUGGAAUCGCAUGUGUAGAUAUUGAAGAAUGCACGCUUGGGAUUCACAACUGUGACCAUCAAGCAACGUGUAUAAACACCGCGGGGUGGUUCAAUUGUACCUGUGAUCAAGGUUAUACAGGAGAUGGAAUCGUAUGUGUAGAUAUUGAAGAAUGCACGCUUGGGAUUCACAACUGUGACCGUCGAGCAACGUGUAUGAACACCGUUGGGUGGUUCAAUUGUACCUGUGAUCACAGUUAUACAGGAGAUGGAAUCACAUGUGAAGAAGGUCUUCAAGGAACUGAUAUACCAAUUGAUUCUCCUUGUCGGGAAUUUUACGGCAAAACAAAUCUGUCGCAAGACAGCAUUGAGAUGGCACAUUAUCAAAUGCAUCCAUUCUAUCCCUUAGUGUACACCUCAUGUUCGGUGAAUCUUUACCACUAA